AUGUCUUACUCCUAUGAUGCUCCCACGAACUUCAUCAAUUUUACAUCUUUGAAUGAGGAGGAGGAACCGCCAAACAUAGAUUCUUGGUUUGAAGAGAAGGCCAAUUUGGAGAAUAGGUUUCCUGACCUGACUCCUAUGAGAAAAGCAAAUCUUCCACAAGCUAUUGUGACACCUUUGAGACCAGUUGAUAACACUUACUAUAAAGAGUCAGAAAAAGAAAAUCUGGUGCAACAGUCCAUUCCCUCAAAUGUUCGUUCUGCCCUGGAAGUCAAGGGAACCACCUCAAGAAAUACUCCAUCUCUGCCUCAGAGGCGAUCUGUUAGACUCUCUGCUCAGAAAGAAAAGCACCAUGUGAAAACGAAAGCCAAGAGAUGUGCUACUCCUGUGAUCAUCAGUGACACUCCACCCUCCAAAAGAAUGAAAGUUUCUAAUCAAAAGAAGUCAGAAGAAGGGGAAGAUGGCAUUGCUCCUCAUCAAGAUACUUCUGGAAAGAAUGAAUCUUCCCCAGAGAAAGCCAAGGACAGACGUACUAUGCCUUGUGUACCACCUGUAAGACAGAAACUUCUAAAAAGUACUGAGGAGCAAGAGUUGGAGAAGAGCUUGAAAAUGCAGCAGGAGGUGAUGGAGAUGCGGAAAAAGAAUGAAGAAUUCAAGAAAUUUGCUCUUGCUGGAGCAGGCCAGCCUGUGAAAAAAACAGUGAGCCAGGUAACCAAGUCAGUCAACUUCCACUUUCGCACAGAUGAGCGAAUCAAACAACAUCCUAAGAGCCAGGAGGAGUAUAAGGAAGUGAAUUUUACAUCAGAACUGCGAAAGCAUCCUCCAUCUCCUGCCCGAGUGGCUAAGGGAUGUACCAUUAUAAAGCCUUUCAACCUGUCCCAAGGAAAGAAAAGAAAAUUUGAUGAAACAGCUUCUACAUAUGUACCUAUUGCACAGCAGGUCCAAGCCUUCUAUAAAGGAACCCCUAACAGAUAUCACUUGAGGAGCAAGAAGGAUGAUAUUACUCUAUUACCCACCAAAUCUACAGUGGCCAAGAUUGUCACAGAACCACAGACUCCUGUGUUGCAAACCAAACAGCGCACAAGGCCUGUGACCUGCAAAAGUGCCGCGGAUCUGGAGGCUGAGGAGCUCGAGAAACUGCAGCAAUAUAAAUUCAAAGCAAGGGAACUUGAUCCCAGAAUUCUUGAAGGUGGGCCCAUCUUGCCCAAGAAACCACCUGUGAAGCCACCCACUCAGCCUAUUGGCUUUGAUUUAGAAAUUGAGAAAAGAAUCCAGGAGCGCGAGUCAAAGAAGAAAUUAGAGGAAGAACACUUUGAAUUUCAUUCCAGACCUUGCCCGACUAAGAUCUUGGAAGAUGUUGUGGGUGUUCCUGAAAAGAAACUACUUCCAAUCACUGUCCCCAAAUCACCGGCGUUUGCAUUAAAGAACAGAAUCCGAAUGCCCAUCAACGAUGAGGAAGAGGAGCCGGUAGUGGUAAGAAGAACUCAACCUCGGGCACAUUUGGGGGUACCUUUUAAGCCCCAAAUCCCAGAGGCAAAGACUGUGGAAAUAUGCCCUUUCUCAUUUGAUUCUCGAGACAAAGAACGUCAGUUACAGAAGGAGAAGAAAAUAAAAGAAUUGCAGAAAAUGGAGGUGCCCAAGUUCAAGGCACAUCUUUUGCCUGAUUUUGACACUGUUAACCUGCCAGAGAAGAAGGUGAAGAGUGUAACCCAGACUGAGCCUUUCUGCUUGGAGACUGACAAAAGAGGUGCUUUAAAGGCACAGACUUGGAAGCACCAGCUGGAAGAAGAAAUGAAACAACAGAAAGAAGCAACUUGCUUCAAGGCUCGUCCAAACACCGUCAUCUUCCAGGAGCCCUUUCUUCCCAAGAAAGAGAAAAAAUCCAUGACUGAGAACCUUUCACUAGUUCAAGAACCUUUUCAGCUCGCUACUGAGAAGAGAGCCAAAGAGCGGCAAGAGAUGGAGAAGAAAAUGGCUGAGGUAGAAGCCCAGAAGGUCCAGAAGUUGGAGGAAAUCAGGCAGCAGGAAGAAGAGCAGCAGAAGGAGGAGCUGGCCAGGCUCCGGAAAGAACUGGUGCACAAGGCAAACCCAAUACGCAAAUACCAGGGUGUGGAGAUAAAGUCAAGUGACCAGCCUCUGACGGUGCCUGUAUCUCCCAAGUUCUCCACUAGAUUCCAUUGCUGA